UAGCGCCUGCUGCCGAAAUGGGUGCGAGGAACGACGGUGCAGUGACCGCUGCUGGAAACAGUGUGGCUUUCCUAAAGCGGAAGGCACCAGCGUUAUUUCAACGGAUGAAGCAGCUAGAAGUUGUCUUGGAGAACGCUUCCCUAUUUGACCACUUCAUGCUCGUUGGCAGGCUGAAGCAAAUCGAGGAGCUGCACGGCACUUUUAAAACCGUGCACAGUGAACUCGAGAAGCUGGACUGCGACGAGAUUGGGAGUGAACUCGCCGAUGACUUUGAAGAGAUGUUUGUAACGCUCACUGGGAUCAUUCUCUCAGAGAUCACUAAGCGGUCCACUUCCGUAGCUCCGCAUCCUGCGUUUGGUCAGGAAAUCACACCGGCCCCAUUCCAAGUGGAUUCGUGCGCGAUUUUGGAGCCAAUUGGACUGGUCGACAGAAUUCAAUGCCAAUCGAAGCAUCUGUUUAUUGUUCCGGCUGUUCAUGGUGGAGCAGGGGACGAUGAAUCCUAUUCGAAGUUAGAUGGCGGCCUCGAUUGCAUCAACACAGGUGGAUUUGCGUCGGAUCUGGUUCCUGCUCAGGCUACGACCUCGCUUACAUACCUUCAAGCAUUGUGGAUUCCCUGCAAACGCCCCGUUCCGGCCGAUGUUCAUCUGAACGAGCCCCCGCUCUCUGCUGGCGGACGUAAUUCUGGGCAUCGCGCUGGACCUCGAGCUGUGCUGGGCCCAAGACCAUCCCCACAUUGCCCUAUUGGGGGAGAGCAGAAAUUGCUAAUCCCUCAGCCUAAAUUUCAGAGAGCCAUGCUAAUCUGGACACAUCACUUCCAGUGCCUGGUUUGAAUGCGCUAUUCUUCUUCGCCUCUUCUUCUGUCGCCGAGCCUCACAUUACAUGGCUCAACUUCAACCGAAUGGGUUCCGGACAACACGUUGCUUCCAUGCAUCGAAUCUACAGGUCUCGAUGGAAGGAAGAACGGCAUCAACAACAAGCUUUGCCUGCUGAACCCUGUAUGCUGUUGAAAAGGGAUGUUAAAGACCCGUGCUCUUCAACGGGGGGAGUAUGUUUGGUUACGCAGCCAAAUAAUCAGUAGAUCAUAGUCAGUGGUGCAUCAGUAGAGUAAAUAUCUAUUAUUGAUCAGCGUUUCUACUGCCCACUGCUUAACUUUGUCAUCUACAUACAUAUGUACAUAUUCAUGCUCCCGCACGGCAGCAGCCUAUUCCGCCGUUCUCUCGC